AUGCCUUUUUGUCCUUUAGAGAUGUUAAUCCUUGGUCACUGGCGGCUAGAUGGAAAGGAUCAAAAUAUAAAGUGAGUCAUGUAAAUUGUUUUUUUUAAAAUAUAGCAGGCAGGGAGCUUGUAAAUAGGAGCAAAUGGAAAUCAAAGAAGGCUGACUUCGUUCAACCGAAUACCAUUCUUCCUUGUCAAUCUUACAGAAUGUUUCUUAGUUUCCGCAUUUGGCGGGCUGUAUAUUUAACAAUCGUUGAAUUUGCCUUUCGUGUGAUGUGAAGAGUUAUGGAGAUCGAGGGGAAUGUUACCCACCAAAGCCGAAGGCCGAGGUGAAUAACAGCCUUAAUUCGACAUCUGCAUAACCUGGAACAUAAAUGCCAUAUCAUUAACAGUAUAUUUAUGUCCUGAACACAGACCCAUGCAAGCCGGUUAUGAAAAAUUAGGCGGAGGACUUAAGCCAGUAAUAUAUCUUCUAAUUAAUUUUUCCUUUAAUGUAGCUUUAGCAAAUCACUAGAUUUUGUCGAAGGAUGGUGUUCAGGCAGCACGGCUCCUCGUUUUGUUCAACAUUCAUUCGCUACUGCCCCAGCAAUUCAUCUUAACGGCAGGAGUUUUACCAUUUGCUGCUGGAUAAAACAAACGCGGUUUUUAUGUGGAGCACAGACAAUCUAUAACGAUUGGCAUCAUCCAUGGCAGUUUCAGCUUUACAUCAGUGGUGAUCGGUUGGAAUUUACGCGCCAUAGCUCCGGCAGUACUGAAUGGUGGGUGGUUUCAAGUACUAAAGUUUCAUUUAAUACCUGGACGCACCUAGCGAUCACCUGGAACCACAUGACAGGUAAUGUCUACCUUUACGUUAACGGCAUCAUAGCGGGUAACAGAUCGUUUACUCCUGGGACUAACUUUUACACACUUACGGGUAACCCUUACAAGAUUGCCAACGACGGUCACUGGGAUGAUCGCCAGUUCUACGGAUCAGUGAUGGAUUUGUAUGUUUUUGGCACCGCACUGUCCCGUGAUGAAAUUGCCAAAGUAAGAGGUAGGUAAGGAAGUCUUGAAAGACAUUUGAAACUCUCAAAGAGCUUUCAGUUCUAUCUCUGUUUGCCCAAAAACAUUUGACUUCAAUUACGAAAGUGAUUAAAUCACAGGUAACCCAGGCUCACUGUUUGUGUCACGAAUGGGUUUCAUAACAUGAGUAAAUAUAGAUAACACAUGGGGCGACGUUUAGGUCUGGAAAUUUGCUAGAAAAAUUUCGAGAAAAGUAGUUUGCUUUAUCAUUCCUACAUAGUAUAAAGUGGCAAGUAGUGAGGCUGACGGCAGCGUCGCGCCUCCGAUCGACCCUAAACUAGCACGAUUUUUUUUUUCGCGAAAAUCGAAACCAGUCGCUGAAUAAACACGCCAGGCUCGUUGAACAUGAAUUUCUCUAAACCCUGAAACCACUGAAGUAUCUCCAGGUAGCAACGCCAAGCCAGCAGGUUCCGCAGAACUCUUAUGUUAACCUUCUAAAAUAACAGCCCGAAGCCGUUAGGAUCACAACUGGUCCAAAGGAGCUCGGGGCCCCUAGUGACGAGUAUAUUGUAUAUUAAGUCCCCGUGGAGGGAAGGGAGUCCCAGAGUGCUCAAGGAAUUAACUCAUCGUCCGGCGACACACUUUCCUCCGCAGGAACUUAUUAUACUCGUUACCAGGCGCCCCGAGCUAAAUGCCAUUUCUGAAUUGGACCAGUUGUAAUCCUAACGGCUUUGGGCCGUCACUUUAGAAGGUUAACGUAAUCUACGGACCCUGCUGGCUUUGCGUUGCUAGUUGGAGAUGCUUCAUUGGUUUCAGGGUUAAGAAAAUUUCAUGUUCCACGAGCCUGGCGCGUUUAUUCAGCGAUUGGAUUCGAUUUUCGCGAAAAAAAUGGUGCUGGUUUAGGGUCGAUCGGAGCUGCGACGCUGCCGUCAGCCUCCUACUAUAUACUAUGUAGGAAAGAUGAAACAGACUGUUUUUCUCGAAACUUCGUGUGCAUCAGUUAAGGACAACAACACCUCGUUACAUGGUAAGUUUCAUGGGUUUUUAUUUCCAUUUUCUAGCAAAUUUCCAGACCUAAACUUCGCCCAAUAUGUUCUCUAUAUUUCCAAAAAAAGGUGCUCAUAUGAUUGUAUUAUCACCCUUGCUUCAGUCUCAAGAUAUUUAGCAUCACUUAUUUUAUUCAGGUGUUCCUAUAAUUUUGAAUAAAGACAAGGAAGUAGCAGGAGAAACCGUUGUUAUCAUAUGGGAACCACCGUUGAAUGGGGCGUGUUUUGUCUUGGGGUAUAAAGUCUACUACAGAAAGAUUUCAUUGGCAGGGACUAGUCCUUGGAGCUCCGUACCCGUGGACAAAAAUUGUACGAACCACACCUUGCACCUGGGUUGUGGGAAGGAGUAUGAAGUCGCAGUUACUUCACUUACUGCUGCAAAUGCAAACACCGACAGCACUGAGAGCAGUUUUGAUGACAGCCGGAUAUGGAACUUUAAAGUUAGGAGAGGUAAGUUUGGAUACAAUUCAUAGUUAUUGAUUUCUCAGCCCAGGACAAGCUUCGCUGUAAUUUGGUGCUAAUUUUUGUCAUGUUUACAUAAAAGGAGGAUGCAUGAUCCUUAAAGGGGCUACAAAUUUUCUUUUACUUUUAAUGCAAGACAUGUCGGUCGCGUCGGUUAAUAGGAUGCUUAAGCAACGACGACGGCGACGGCGAACGGCAAAGAAGAUAUAGGUGUAGAUUAGAAAAACAUCAACUUUGCACGUGCAGCACACUCUUUUGUAGAUUUCUUUGCAGUCACUGCACGACAACGAUGUGAAACUGCCUGAUUUCACCAGAAUUUCAAGUUUCGUGGAAGACUUGAACACAGGACAACGACUUCCCUUUUCUUUUUCUAAACUUCGAUACAUGAGUCCUUUAGAAUUCAAGUCCAGAAAAAUUUGCCAAUAUUUGAAGUUUGAAGCAGCGCGAAUUAACUUUUCAAGUGAAUUUUUCGUAGCCGUCGCCGUCGUUGUUGCUUAAGUUACCUGAUUUAGCCUUUCGUAAACAGCUAGCUCUUUUUACCUGAAACAGGUGGUCCCUUUCACGUUAUUAGAAGACUGGACUCUAAGUCUAUCUUCCUAUCUCAUCAAAAUGUUCGUGUCACGGAAAAUGGUAGAAAUGCGAUGGUGGCGACAAUGGUGAAGGGAAACCACUUUUUUAAAUCUGAAACAAAAUGGAAUGGAUUAUUUUAUUGCUUUAUAAUGAUGUUGGCAAUCAAUGGAAAUGUGGUGUUGGCGGUGGUGGUGGAGGGAAAACAAUAGAGAUGCAGUGGUGGUGGUAAGGGAAAACAAUUGAAAUGUGGUGGUGGUGGUAGUGGUGGAAGAAAAAAUUGAAAUGUGGUGGUGGUCUUGGGAGAAAACAGAGAAAUGUGGUGGUGGUGGUGGUGGAGGAAAAACAAUAGAGAUGUGGUGGUGGUGUACAGCUUCACUUUUCAAGGUUGGUAUCAUGACAAAUAAAUUGUCUUGAAACUAAAGGAGGAUGUAGGGUCGAUGUGGGGUGGGUCGAUGAGGGAUCGAUGUAGGGUCCAUGAGGGGUGGAUCGGUGAAGGAUCGAUGUGUGCUCGAUGUGGGGUGGAUAAAGGCUGAAAAAUGAGCAAAAAAGAGGGGAGGGAAAGUAAAAUUUUUUUUUUUUAAAGAAAGAGCUAGUUUGCCGUCGUCCUCAUUACUAUGCACGAUUUGCGCGCCAAGAACCAGUGAACCAGAAUUGGUACAAUUUGUUGGACAAUGAAAGCGGCAGGAGGUAGAACUUGCACUAAUUCCUCGCAACAUGAAUCAGCUAAUGAUGAAUACUUUUCUUACUAUCGAUAAGAAAUAUAACUAGGAAACCUAUCCAAAAGGUUAGCACACGGCCUUAUCUUAAUGAAAGUCAAGACUCGGCUUUGGCUGACUUAGUAGUUUUCUUAAUGAGAUUCCUCCGUAUUUUACUCAUAAGAUAAAGAAAAAAACACUAUGACGUCGUCGUGUAUUCCACUUAAAAAAGAAUCGGAUAAUAUGGUACUCCCUAUACUACUUUCACGUUUUCCUUCCUGGGCCCUUUGUAAAAGAGGAAAUCAUUAAUAGAUUAAUAACGUGGAGGAAUUUCUGGACGCGAUAGCUUAAGGAGUACAGUCUUUUAAGACUAACAGAAAGUCCAACGACCAAGCCGAAAUGCUGAGAGGUGGGGUAUCCGUUGACGACUGCUAAUCGAGAGAACAGUGAUGUAUAGGUCUCUAGGAUCCUUAAAGUAUUUUUAAAGUAGAAUUCAAACAGUAGUUAUGAAAAUGGGCGAAUGCACCUCAUAAGUACGUCCCAAACAGAAGAGUGUGUUGUAGCGACUGGAUUCCCUUUUUCGAUAUUUCUCAUCUUUUCAAGUUAACGUGACCUUGUGAUGGUAGUUUCGAAAACGAAGCACUCGAAAACGAAGACCGAAGCACGAAGCACCGAAAUUUCGAAAACUAAGCACCCAUAAAGUUUCGAAAACGAAGCAUUCGAAAACGAAGACCGAAGCACGAAGCACGCAAAUCUCGAAAACGAAGCACCCUAAACUCGAAAACGAAGCACCCAAUAACUCGAAAACGAAGACCCCUAGAUCGAAAACGAAGCACCCAAAACUCAAAAACGAAGCACCCAAAGGACAAGUUUUAAGAGUGAGAUUUGUUUUUAACACUUUCACCACUGAUCACCUUGCCUUUUUCACACCUCUGAUAUUUUUUAAAAUAUUGCCAAGUUAGAUCAGUCUCGCUGAGUCUCGUGUCAGGAUGCGCUGAGUAGAGCUUUGAUUAUGGAGUUUAAAGUGCAUCUCCUGCUCCCCACCAUAGAGCCUGGUCCCAGGCUAUUACCCUAGAACAGAUUCUGCCUGGAUUUGAUCAGGGCAUCACGUAGUGUCAUAGAUAUCCAAUAUGUUAGACUGCAAAACAAUCGGUUUUUUUUCUCAAAAUCAGUAAAGAAGUCGGUAAAGCGUGGCGUAAGAAAUACGUGCGAGCCUCACACUCCGUUUUCAGCCUCGUUUCAGAUCUUUUGCGUUACUGCUCACGCGUACUUGAAUACGCCAAAAUCUGCUGACGGACAGUUUUGAAGUCUGCAUAAGCAUAUAUGUGUACGAAAAAAUGCAUAUUAAGAUAAGAUGUAUCAAGUAUAGCGAGACUAAUAAUAAAAUUAAUACAGUAUAUCCUAUCUAGAAAAGUUCAGUUAAAUAGUUGGCAGGCUUUUAUAAAACCUUGGGAUGGAUUUUGUGGACCUUUGAAGGUGCGGACGCAUCCGCUGCCUCCACCUGAUUCGGAUUGCGUCAUGUAAGACGUAAAGUUGUAGUUAUUAAACCUACAGUGGUUUCGCGUUUUGGGUGCUUCGUUUUCGAGAUUUAGGGGUCUUUGUUUUCGAGAUUUGGGUGCUCCGUGCUUCGGUCUUCGUUUUCGAGUGCUUCGUUUUCGAAACUACCCCUUGUGAUUGAGUCUUGCAUGUUAUGCAUGGAGAGUGUUUACAGAUUAGCCCAGUGUAUUGUUUCCAAUUUUUAGCGGAGUGUUUGGCACGAUUCAACGGCUAUUCGCAGUUUAGAUCGUAGCUAUUCAGAGUGGCAAACAAUUUUACAGAAAAUGUGACGCACUUGCAGGUCGUCAGCAAAGUUUUAUUUUUGCUUAUUAAACCUCUUACUAUUUUGACCUUCCCGUUGCCGCCAUCGUCAGUACUGGGAGCAACCCUGUGAAGCCUAUGUGAAGUUUAUGUGAAAACCUUGUGAGACUUUUAUGGAUGUGAAACAUCCUGUGAAACACCCCGUGAAAUAAAAAGUCCUUCUUGCACAAGGUUGAUUCUACCCUUUGAAAAAAUGUGUGAAAUUGUAACAUACUUUUCGAACUGAAAAAGCCGUGUGAAACAACAUGUGAAAUAUCCCUUGAUUGUAAGAAACAUCCUGCGAAAUCAAAAUCACUGCUUUAAAAUAUGAAAGCUACCCUGCGAAAAAAUUGUGAAAUUCUAAAUUUCUAUCAUGGGCCUAAAAAAGCAUAUGAAACACCCUGAGAAAUAAGAAUGGGUUUCUUUCAAUUAAAUGAAUUCUGAGGUUGAUGCAGCCCUGUGAAAAAAUGUAUGAAAUCCUACAGUAAUUUGUUAAUACAUAUUAAUUUUGUAUGUAGUCGUUUUGCCUAAAAUAUAGUCCAUUCUCCCAUUGAUUUGUCUGAUGAGAAAGAACACUCUUCUAUACGGCUUGGAUUCCAUACCUGCGAUUAAUUUAUUGCUAAAAAUGAUGUUACAUGUUGUAAUCUCAUUCGAGUUGCUAAAUCACUGUCCAUAAAACUGAAGUCUACAUGUACCACAGCGAACACAACGAUCGCUCCAUAAAUUUUGACAUAUUUUGUGGGAAUUUUUUUACCGGAAAAAAGCUUUUGACCCACAAUUGUAUGUAGUAUAAAGCAAAUGGUCUUGACUCGUACCUGAGCUAGUCCAAACAAUGUUCACAACUCGUUUUUCGUUACAGCUGAGUAAGUAAUUAAGGCCAACGUUUCUUUCAAAAAACAAUGCAAAUUUUUCCUCCUGGAAUAUUUCAUUCAGCUCUUAAAACGACUGCUUUUUAGACUCACUAAACUCGGUCACCGAACGGAUUACCCGCCAUGUUUCCAUGUUUGAUGUUUAACUUACUGGUUAACAGUCUCCCACUAAGUGACUCCACUGGUCACGUGCGCCUUUUGGACCAAUAGAAAAGCGAAAAAUGAAGUUCCGUUGGAUCAAUUCAAAUUCACGCGGACUUUCCAACAGGAGUUUAUAUAUUUUGCACCCAAAAUCGACAUUAUUUUAAAGGCGGAUUGUUCAUUUGUUUUGUUGUUCAUAUGAAGCGUGCUUCCAAUCAAGUUGGAGAACAAUGAGUCAGCUGGAUUGUGGAAGGUAAAGAUAUGUUCCUGCCGACUGUGGUUCGUUGUUACAUAGGUCAUCUGAUGGUCGACUAUUUCGACAGUUAUACUAAUUUUGAAGCUGUAGAUUUGAGUUAAAUCUUGCUGAUGUGAACAAGAAACUUUAGGGGGAGAUGCAAUGAUAUACCAUUCAUUGGUCAUUUUUUGUUUACUGCAGACAUCACCGGCUGUAGGUUUUGUUGCAAAUGGUCGAUGGAAUCCUACCUGAAUAAGCUUACACUCCACUGUACACAAUAUUCUGGCAGACACCGACUUGUCAAGUCUAAUAUAUAGAUUAAGCCAGGGCUAAAAGCGAAGCUCCCAUCAAUAAAUUUAUGAUUUAAAUCAAACAAUAAACUUGUAAUCCACAAAUCAGUUAACUUAAGGGCACAUUCGAUAUUCAUGUGACUUUUGACGGAAAGGCUAAGUGAUUUUAGAGUGAGACAUCCUACAUCGAGUUGAUAACUUUAUAUGUACACCCAAAAAAGCAAUCAUCUUCGAUCCCAUUUAAGAGCCAUAAUGGCUCUUGAUCACAGUAGAUUUAUGGCCUGGAAAACAAAACAGGCCUUAAAUCUACCUUUUCGGUUUCGACAUGUUUACUUUACAAAAUCUUGCCAACAAAUCUGGGGGUGUGUAAACCAACCUGUUUAUACUUUUUAUGCACCACAUCCUAUGUGAAACAGUACUAUUUAUUAUACAGACCUCGGAAAGAAUGCAGUAUUUCACAAUUUUUCAAAACAAAUGCACUCAGUCAAUAUUCAGAACGAUCAAUCAUGGACUUUUAGCGAAAACGUUCAAAAAAUGUCCAAAAACACCCAUACGGCCAGCCGGUUCUCACAUUUGAAGAGCGCCAAACUUGCAUUGAAAAUUAAUAGAGUUACUCUUCAACAUAAUAAAAAAUUUAUUACGUUUAUUAUUUUUUUUUAUUUAAUGGUUUAUAACGAUGUGUAAUCUUGAAAAGCGUUUGAUACGCGCGGCAUUUUCAAUACUCCUGCAUGCGAUGUCCAUGAACGACUGAAAACAAACGGCACAGUGAUUAAAAUUGCCAGAGAGACUACUGACAAUCAAUAAAAGAAAUAUAAUUCGGUGAAACAUUUACAGAGACAACAGUUUUCAUUCACGACGACAGGUAUUAAAGUGUUUCUAAAAAUCCUGAGUCUUUAUAAAGCUUAAAGCUUACGUUUGUGUUUUAAGCCGGCCUCCUGGUGUUUGCUUUUUUCAAAGAUGAACUCGAGGCAAGAAAAUCGCUCAAAGUUUUCUUUCAACAGCCAAAUUUAUAACUAAAUAUUCUUCGGAACGUUUUCUUUCUAUUUGCGGUGAGAAGAUAUAUCUAAAGGCUUUUUAAAGUUCUGUAAGCUUAUGUCAGACCUGAUACUAGGUUAGAUCAUUGUCUCAAAUCUUACAAACGUGCAUAAACUUGCAGCAUAAACUGUGCUCGACUUCAUGAAAUUAGAUAUAAAGAAACAAACACCAAAUACAUUAAUUACUCAGGCUUACCAUUCGAGAUGCAGCUCCCGAAAGUUAUCUGAGUAAGGCCAGAAUCGCUUGAGACUUUUGAACCCUCUUACGCAUUAAGCAAGGUGAAAAACCAAAACGAUGCCAUCCGAAAUCGGAUUUCCGACUUUGACAAGCGACGUAUCUCUCAACCGAAAAAAACAAUAAGCAAACUAGCCAUGAAUAACAGAAGACUCUUGAUAUCAGCUGUAUUUCAUUUUGUACAUCCAGUGGAAAAAGACCGUUAAAAAGAUUAGAAGUUGACACAAAACUCUGGCAGCUUCACCUGUCAAAGUAAACAAGUUUCAAGAUGCUGCAUAAAUUUUCCGCAUGAACUCACUGUCAAAUUUUGACCAAUCAGAGCAUAAAAAUUGGUCGUAGAGCGUGACCAACGCGUGACCUUGGUAAGGAAAAGUCUCCCCCACCUGUUUUUCUUAAUGACUGGCAGAAUGUUAGCGUCCGAGGUUAGUUUGAAAUCAAAAUCUUAAUAGUGCAGGGCCAUAGACAUAAACAUACACAUACACAUAGAUAUAAACACAACAUAUUUAAAAUGAAUUUUUAAAACAAUAAAAUUGAGCUUGCGAUCAUUUGAAAACUAGUAACUUGUCAGCGGAUAACUUCAAAAAUUACUCGACCUCGAUGGGUCGACACCUGAGCCCGCCAUACGGUCAGGUGAUACUGGUCAGCGGAUACCUUGUUUUGACAGCUGUCAAUUGAUCACAACAUUGAUGUGCAAUCAGUUUUCUCCUGGGCUCCCAAAUAGGCAUGAAUAGAUUGUGCUAGUAAAUCCAUCAAAAGUUGCUUGACAAUACACUCAAAAGUUGCUCGAAAGUUGCUAAAAAAUUAAUCUUUAAGCUCAGCGUAACUAAUAAUAGAAAGUAUCUUCUAAUGACGUUUCUAAUGAGUAAACGUCACAAUGUGUGCUAUAGACAUCAUAGUGCUGACUAUACACUUUAGACAGUUAUCAAGUUUACAGCCUUUAUCUUAUCUUAUCAUGAUGAGAUACAACAAUGCAAAGAGGUCGUAAACUUUAAAGUUUACAGCCUCUUUGCAUUGCGUUUUUUUGUUGUAUCUUAUCAUAACUGAAGCCUCAAGGUAGUCCUCUAGGGCAUUAUCUUGUUGAUCGUUAAACUUCUAGAAAUUGAAGCUCUUACAGGACUACUUAGAGUUGCCCCAGCGGCUAUGGUAGCCUCAAUGGGGUCAAUACCUGUAUUAUUUUCACUUUCCUCGUCAGACAUUUCAGCUUCUAAUUGUGACGCCUCGCACUGCAGCAAAUACCAAGAUGGCGGGCGGGAAGCUCUAUUGUUGGAGCGAAUAACCGCUGGAUGUAAGCGCCCGUUAGAUAUAUAGCUGCUGUCCAGUUCGUGUUAUUUUAUAAAUUAUUUGUAAGAACGUACGACAUCCUUAGUUUUGACCAGUUUUAAUAAAAACCUUUUAAUAAAGACCUUUUUGAUAGUUUGGUCAGUUUUUAACUAUUUGUUGACUCAAAAGUUUUCAAGGAAGAAAAAAGUUGCUCUAGGUUGCUCGCGGUACAAAAAGUUGCUGAAAACGCUAAAAGUUGCUCAAAAGUUGCCGAGCACAAUCUAUUUAUGCCUAGCAGUUAGGAAGUGUGAAAGUAAGCACUGGUUUUCCUGUAGGGCGGACGGACGGUCGCUCGGGCGGUCGGUCGGUCGGUGUACGGUCACGUGAUUACCAAAUUUUCUGGGAUGGGUAUUUAGAAUAGAACGGAUUUAAGAUGCCAGAAUAAAGAGAGUUUUGUAUUCAACAAUAAAAAUGAAAGGACAUGAAAUUUUAUCUUCAAAUAUAUAUGAAAAUUGAUAAACAUUAUAUCAGACCUUGUCACGGUUUUGGACGCCAUCUUGACGAUUAGGCAAACGCGUGAGAAAUUACGGUGUUUGUAUGAGUAUCUACUGUCGAAUAAUUUCCGUAGAACGGCUGUUCUGAAAAAAAUAUGAAUUGUAAACUAAAGCUUCACCGUCACAUGCGGUAGAAGACCCAGAACCACUUUUUAAAAUUUUCUAUACAUUUUGUCUGUAAGAAAGUCCCGGGAAAAAUUAGAGAGAAACAUAUGGAAAAUCUAAAGCAAGCCUCUGGAGAAAUUUAAGCACAGGUACUCCCCCAAAUUUUUUAGCACAAUCGUUACGGAAAUUAUGCGACAUUAGAUUCUCACGACAAACACUGUAAUUUCUCACAAGUUUUCCUACUCGACAACUGGCGUCGAAAACCGUGACGAGGUCUAUAUAGCCCGGGAAAACAGCCGUUUCUCCUCCCUCUUCAAUUCGCCUCUGGGGACGUUUCCCGCAGAGGAACGUCUGCAACUCAGCGGCAGAAGUUCCAUACUGAUGACAUAAAUCAAUGUUUACAUAAUAAUAGUCAUGGGGAUCCAAAUGCAAAUAUGUUCAAUUUUACGUUUCUCCUGGUCGAUUUUGGCAAAGUGUUGUGCUCAUAAUAUUGAUUGUUUUGUUAGAGAUUCUUAGCGUUUACAUUUGACCUUUGUAGCCUUUUGUCUUUUGUCUGUCAUUUGUAAACAAUACCUAAAACAAUAAUGUAACUACUCCGUGACCAAUCAGCGCUCCUGACCGGAUUCCGGACAGAUUUUACGGUAUCAGUAUGGAUUUUCUGUCGCUGAGUCCCAGACCGAUUCCUCCUCGCAAAACGUCCCCUGUGGCGAAGAGUGAGGAGAAACGGCUGUUUUCGCAGGCUAAUCAUCAUAUUGUGGAAAAUUGCCAGUAGUUUGAUUCAUGUAAAUAAACACUAUGAAUUGAUUCAGUUCGCAUUUUAAUUGACACCUACAAAAUGAAAUUGUCAAGUUCAUGGUGAACGACCGCAAUUUCCAACGAACUUUGGAAACCCUUUGUCUCUUUAGUUAUCUCCAUGAAUGGCACAUUUUUUGGCAAGCAACAGUGGUUGACUGUUGAACUGAGUUAUGUCAAAAAAUACCCUUAAUCAAAAUGAAAAUUUUCGAAAGUGACAGCUUAACUUAUAAGGUCAUGGAAAACUGUUCAAGGUCAUGAGAAGAGCUCAAAAGAGGCUGCACCCUGUUUAAAAAUGCGAGACAUGCAGUGCCCUUAUGGGUCAUUACAAUGCCAUGAAAAGUCCAUGAACCUUGUAAGAACAUUUUCAUGUCAACCUUUAAUCCUUGAGCCCCAAAAUUAAGCAUGAAAAAUUUUGUAACGCAGGGUUAUAGUCAUACCCUGCACCUAUAUUUUGUGGGUGUUGUUUGCUGUUCACACCCUUACAUGAACGUGAUUUUGUCUUAAUCAUUAGGUAUAUAGUUGAUUCCUUAAUUUAGCGCAAAAUUUAAUUUUGACCUCUAACCUAUACAUGAUUGUUGCUGUAUGCAGGUAAAUAUUUUAUUAAAAUGUAUCUAUUCUCACUAAUAAGUGUACUUCAUUAUAUUUUGAUAUAUAUUUACAUUUCUUUAACCUUUCUCAGGGCGUUUGCAGUUUCACAUAAUAAUCAUUUUACAUGGUUUUUCACAGAUCACACCCAUUUCACAUGGUAUUUCACAUGGUAAGAAAAUUUCACAGCCAUUUUCACAGGAUGGUUAAUCUAUCCUUGUAAGCUGUGUUUCACAUGCUUUUCACAUGGUAUUUCACAUCACAGCCCGUGAAAUACUAUGUGAGAACUUGGAGCCCGUUUCACAGGUAUUUCACAUGAUUAUUUCACAUAUCAUUUCACAUCUCUUUGAAAUAAUAUGUGAAAACCUAUGUGAAAACUCUGUGAAAUCCCUGUGAAAAAUUCACAUGUUUUUAACAUGAACUUCACUGCGUGGUCGUCGAGGUUUCGAUUUCAAGAUUCUCAGUCUGCUAAUCUGGGCAUCUGUCCCUGUUUCCAAAGCUUUCAAUUCCGAUUAAUUUCAUUUAAUUAGGGUAAGAAACUUAUCUAAAUGAAUAGAGAAAUUCCCUAAAUCAGUUCUCUCUUUAAACCUGACCAGUUACAGGCGUACCAUUACCUCCUACCAUACUGAAGGAGAAAACCAAAACAUCAGGCUGCGACGUCAACCUUACGUGGAGCACCCCCGCUGAUAACGGAUGUCCGCUGACCAAGUACUCAGUUUACUACGGACUGAGUUAUGAAGACAAGCAAGAGGCAAUAUGGCAUGAAAUAAAUGAUCUCAAAGAGAAUGCGUUCAUUCUGACGUUAAACUGUAACUCGCGGUAUGUGAUCGAAGUGUCUGCCUGGAAUGAGUUGGGAGAAAGUAACAGAUCAAAAACACUGGAAAUUGCAACAAAUUCAGGUUAGAGUUUGACUUAAGACGUAUAGCUUUUCAGAGGCCUUACCGAUAUUUUUCAAGCGCUUUAAAAGUGAUUUUAUCCUUGUCUGAUCGCUAUAAAAUUUUCACCCCUGAUUGACUAUAGAUUGAAAUUUGUAAAAUCAAUAUUACUAUGACAACAAUAAACAAAAAACUUUGAAAUUGAUAAACGCCUAAUUUUGCGGGAUUUAGACAAGCUACUGAAAAUCCAACACUAAAAACUUAAAGUUUGGUGUUUAGCAAAUAACCUCUGCAAGAAGUAAAAAAUUCUGUAUGUUUGAAUUCGACUAAAAAGAAAAUAUAUUUGUUUUAAUGUUAUGCUAAUUUUUCCAAAUUAAUGCGGACAAUACAUAUAUCCAUGACUAGAACAUUUCAGCGUGAGUAUUGUCAAUGUUUUACAUUCAAAAGAUGCCAUAAAUUCAAACUAAUAUGUACUGGUCAUGGAGGUAUGUAUAGUGCGCAUUAUCUUGGAAAAAUUAGCAUAACGUCAAAACAGUGAAUGUUAUGACGAAGAUUUUUGACAGGUUCGCAGGAUAGGUUUGUCUUGAAAUUUGAAGAUGUUGCAGUUAAUCAAUCACAAUGACCGUUUCAGACCUUAUUAUAUACAUUAUGAAGAUUAUGUGAAGACAUUUAAAAAAAAUUAGUUCGGGUCGUUUCAGAGAGCGCUAAAAGUCCAAAGUUUGAAUGAAGUUGCACUUAUACAAGUGUUGAGAAAACGGGUUAGUUUUCAAGAUCGCAAGAAUUUCCUAGCAUCAAAAUAUGAUAUUAUUAGCAGCAUUCUGACGUUACUUAAGAAUAAUUUGAGUCAUUUAUAACGCUUUUAUUAAAUAAUCUAUCACGGCUAUUGAAAAUUUAAGGUUUGAAAUAUAUUUUCCUUUUAGUCGAAUUCAAACAUACAAAACUUUUUACUUCUUACGGAGAUUAUUUGCUAAACACCAAACUUUAAGUUCCCAGUGUUGGAUUUUCAGUAGCUCGGUCUCGAUCACACAAAAUUCAGCUUUUAUCAAUUUCAAAGUUUUUGUUUAUUGCUUUCAUAGUAAUAUCGAUUUUAUUUAAAACUACGUUUUCACAAAUUUCAAUCCAUAGCUAAUUACUGGUGAAAAUUUUACAGCGAUCGGACAAGGAAAAAUCCACUUUUAAGGCGAUUGAAAAAUAUGGCCUCUGAAAAACUGUAUCGAAAAACCUUAAAAUUAAAUCUAUAAAAAUGCUCACUGAAAGGUUGUGCGACAAACAAAUCGGAAAUGUCUUGAAUUUCCGAAUAGAAGUAAGCCUGACGAAUAACCUAUUCAUAAAGUAAAAUUAAACUCCUUUAAGCUUUAAGUCUUACUCUACUAGCGUAUUCAUAAUAAUGCAGUCUACCAUAUGCAUAGUUGGUCGACAGUCGACAGUCCGGUCGAUGAUCAGAACACAAGACUAGAUAAAAAGAUGCAUACCAGCUCCCCGGGGCCGGAUUUUAGGUUUUCAUGUAAUGCUUCUUUUUUGUUAUACUUUCACGAGAUGGAAUAACCACACCUUCCUUGAGCGGCAGCCUGUCUGCUUUGCAGUAUGCCGGUUUGGUGGCAGGAGUCGCUGUCUUCCUUUUGGUUGUCUUUCUAAUGGUGUUCUGGCUUCGAAGAAAAGCAGAGAAAAAUAAGCAACAAGCGCUUUACUCAAGACCGAGAAGGUAAUUUGUUAGGGCGUGACAUUAACCUUAAUUGCAAUUUUUCUCCCAUUUAUUGCAUGAAAAAUCUGACUCAACUCUGCAGUCGUCUUUUGCCUCUGACGACGCUCGCACCCUCAAACAGCCGAAUGUGCGCAACAACGCUUUGAUAUAUUUCUUUGUGGUUCAAUUUUAUCCUUGGUUCAAUUUUUAUUACCCAUUACCAUACAUUACCAUACCUCAAAACCAACAUAUACAGUAAACACCCGCUAAUUAGAACCAACAUUUUUUGAAGUCUGGCAAAAUAGGUUCUUGUAAUUCGGGGUACGUAUGGCAAUUUAGGCUAAGUAGGUUAAUUAGGUUCUUAAUUUUUAUGAAGGAGAUGAUAGAUUGUUGAUUAACAGAAAAAAUAUAUAACAUUUUUAUUUACUCACAAUUGUAAAUACAUGGCUGUUAAACAAUAAAAAUGCAAGCAAUGGAAAUUGUAAUUUAUGAUCAACUGAUAUAAACUCCUUGAAAAGUAUAUAAAUAACAUUAGUUGAGAUAAUUCCACGUCACAUCAUUGUAUUGAUUCUUCAAGCUGUAAAUGUAAUGAACUGUAAGAAGUUGUUAGCUACCCGUGUUGUAAUCAGACUCGUACGGUUGUGUUUUUGGCAGCCCAAUGACCGCAUUGUUAAUUCAUAAGAACAUUUAGCCAAUCACAUUCGGAGAAGAAGCUUCACACCUCUCCGAAACAGACAAGUCGAGUCAGGAUUUCCAAACCGUAAUUUUAGUACUUUUCUAUCCGUUAUUAUGAAAAGUUUGUAUAUGAGUAAAUAUCUUGUAGUUUUUAUAUUGUUCCCCUUGUUUUGUAUUGGCUGGUUGACUUAAGCUUAAUAGUGAAAACUUUGGCAGAAAAACCAUUUUGACAGAGCAAUUAUCUCGAAGGUUUCAUGCUAUGAUCAUGAGCCUCAUUUAACCAAUCAGAUUAGGGUUACGUCAGCAUUAGUUUGCACUAAGCAGCUGGUUUUCUGGCUGAUUUAAAAGUGGGUGUAUUAUCAAUUUACCAAAGAGAAUUGCAAAAACUAGAAGCUACAAAGUCAAUAAAUGUCCGGAAUCAAAACAAGUUUGUUGUAAUGUUGUAUUUGAGAAAAGGCUACAGCUAUUGCCCGCCAAAAAGUCUUUUUAUAUUAUAACCUUGGCAACUGAUUAUUACCAAAUUUAUAUCCAGAUUAGUACAGUAUGUUCUUGUUGACAUACUUAAAUUUACAACUCAAAGUUACACUCUUUUGUUAAAUUGUUUAUCAUAUUUAUCUGUAACCCGCAUAAAAGAACCUGCUUGAUCUUGCUAAACAGGUUCUUGUAUUUUGGAGUAUUAAAGUGUGAAAUUUCUGCCAGGAGGUUCUUAAUCCACAGGUUCUCGUUAGCGGGCGUUUUACUGUAUUUCAAAAGGAAAAUAACAGCAACUGUGAAAGUAACAAGUAUAUACGGUGACUAUUCAUUAACUAAUGGAAGGACAAUUUUUGAAUGUCAUUUGUCUAUUCAAAGAUAAUAGCUUAAGUGUGACUUUAAGUGUGAUAACAAGGCUUUCGGAUGCAGCAUCUUAUACGUCUGAUUCGGUAAUUCAGUCAAAGGGAUAGUUUUCGCGUUAUUUGCUUAUAGCUUGAUGUACUACCUGAUCUCUAACAAUGAUAUCACUGAAAAUAAUGGAGGAACUUAUCAGAGCAAGAGUGCUUAUUACAGUGACGGUGCUUACACAAUAGGGGCGCUUAUUAACAGACUAGAACACAUUUGAUGUGAGGCGUUUAUUAGAGAGGCGGCGCUAUUUGAAACGGGGGCGCUAAAUCGAAUCAUUACGGUAAAUAUACAAAUGCUAUGGCCGUUUAAUUUCGCGCUUAGUUCUGUUUAGUUUUAACCUUUAACGAUUACGUUCUUUAACGUAGGUCAAAGUCAACCAUUAUUCCUCUCCUGCGAUGGGAAGUAUUACCUGAGCAAGUAGAAUUUAAGGAGGAGAUUGGCCGCGGUGCAUUUGGAAAAGUGUUCAGAGGCAUUUACAGAGAGUCACCAGGAAUCGGGGUGUUUUACAAAUGUAGGACGCAGACGGUUGACUUCAAAGAAGGUCGGACUGUAGCCAUUAAAGUCUUAGAAGGUGAGUUUAAUUUCACCUCUUGACAUCUAAAUGAUGGAUUUUCGAUGUUCCUGAAAUCAAACGCUUGCAGUAUAUUAACCAUGCAAUGUCUUUGCGCUGCUAUAGAAACAAAGCAAAAAUAACCAACCAAAAACAUAAAAAAAGAGUAGUGUUAUUACUUUCAGUGCCAAAACCUAAGGAAACAGUAUACGGGCUUAGGAUUUAGGUCAUAGUUAUGUUGUUAUUUCAGAUGUUAAAGCCUUUUGCGGAUUUAAAAAACAAAAACAGAAACAUAAUAAAAAACAGAACAAACGUCUACAUCCACGUUCAACUGAGUGACAAUUUCGAGAGAUUCCUGGUAAUCGUGCUUGUGCCCUUUUAAUUCACUGCAGAUUGAUUCUACUGGACAUUGAAUCAUCGAAUUAUUGAGCUUUGUUAGCGAAGAAAGGAUGUUGCGGGAAAAAACGUUCAGUUCGUAGUAGUUUAGUUAUAAUUUAAUUAAAAGGUGAUGUCAUUUUCUUUGUUAUGAUUUUUUCCCCGGAAAAAAUGAAAGGCCAGACAUGCAGAAUGAUUGUUCCUCACAUGCUUGUUUUGUCUUGAUCGGCACUCAAAGAUUCCUUUAUAAAGAAAUCAGAUUCUUAUGUAGGAAAUAUGUAACAGAAUAGAAAUUGUACCUUUUUCAUCAUUAGACAAAACAGAUGAAGACGCCAAAGAACAGCUUCUGCAAGAAAUUGAGAUAAUGAAAUCAAUUGGGUAUCACAAGAAUGUUGUGAGCAUGUUAGGUUGCUGGGUUAACAAUGACCCAAUCUUUCUGCUGCUAGAGUAUGUCCCGUAUGGAGAUCUGCGACAUUGGCUGAUAAACAAGAGGAAAAAGGUGAGAGUAAGUUAGGCCAACGCAAGUCGAGAAUUAAUUAUGAUUAUCAUUCAUUCACAAUAUUUCCCCGAUUCUGAUUGGCUAAAAGCACACGCAUAAUCCACCAUAACUAGCUACUUCAUUCAAAAUAAUUCCUAGUUUAAAAACAAGCUAAAACAUGCUUACCUCCAUCCAUCCAUCGAUGCUAAGUUCAUCUUCGAUAGUGCACGUUUAGGGUUUAGGCUCAUCGAGUUGUCUUCUUGCUGUUCUUGCCAUUUCGCCUAGUUCUUACUCUUGAAACGAGUGAAAUGUCCGUCAUUUUUGUUUUCACAACCAAGACAACUCAACCUCGUCCCCAGAUUUUCUCGGUUAACGGUGCAGUAACCUGCAAGAAAACUGCCCUUUUGAUGUCAUCGGUUCAUUAAACACAAAAUUCUUCCAAAUUUGGUCAUCAGUAGCUGGUUAUGGUGAAUUAUGCGAGUGCUUUUAGCCAAUCAGAAUCGGGGAAAUAUUUUGAAUGAAUAAUAAUUCAUCAAAAGAUACUCAGCCUCAUUCAUUAAUUGUUAAAUAUGUUCUACUCGAACGUAUUCAAAACGUAGAACUGUACAUAAAAUUUUUAGGACUAGGACAGUCCAGUCUUGUGCGAUGUCUCCCAGUCCCUUUACUGAUAAAUAUGGCUGACGGGAUUUUAUGAAUCACAAUACCAUAACAGUUAGAGAAAUAUUGCAAUCGUCAUCGUACGGGUUAUGUAGGGCAACCACUUUGAAAUCACGGUAAAAGUACCGUAAGAGCUCAUUUUUUUAAAUUUUCUCCCAAUUCUUUCAACAGAAAAAUUAUCGGAGGCUCUAUGAUGACGACUGCGGUAAACGCCCUGCAGCGGAUAGUAUGACAAACCAGCCUUGCAUAACAGAUGAGUCCAAACUGCCUAAAAGCAACACUACAACAGACACUGAGAGUGAUAUAAAGCAUGGUUCUCAAGAACUAGUAAGCUGUAAUGACUCCUCCAGGCUGGAUAAGGCGAUGGGAACAGAUAUCCAAAAUGUCCAUUUUUAUGAAAAUGUUUCGUUCGAAAAUGACGAUGAUAAAGGAAAGGGUUCAGCGGAUCAUCAUGUCAAAUCUGUUGGACAAAGCUCAGUUUGUGUCCCUGGAGAUAGUUCCGAGGAAGACAGCUCACAUAGGCCAGAAUUCUCGGCUAAAGAUGUUCUUUGUUUUGCCUGGCAGAUAGCACAAGGGAUGGUAAGCUAUUAGUUUUAGCUCAAGCAUCCUAAAUCCGCUCAUAGACUGAAGUUCAAUUAUCAUAGUGCGUUUUUAUAUGGAAAGAGAAAAGUGUCUUUGGAAUUUGUUUUAAAUUUAUAAGGAUGACUUUUUAUUUUGUUGCUGUUAUUUAAUAAAAUGAUGUGACCAUAAUACAGGAAUGGCACAAAACCAAGCAAAAUACAACCACUUAAAAAAACACGGUGGGACCAAACCACCCCCAACUUUGCUUGCUUUCACUCUUUCCCAACCAAACUUGGCCUGAAAAUACGAAACAUCAGGCCAAUCAAAACUGGUCAUAGGAUGACACCAAAUUUCAAAUCAUGACGUCAUAUUUGCUGACGUCAUUCAUACGUAAAUUUUAAACUUUUAAAUCUCCCAAAUUUUUAUAUCGUUUUUGAAAAAACUAUUCAAGGGAAGUUGAAAGCUAGAAAAUUUUUUUCAGUAUCUCAAAUCUGCGCUGAGAUAUGACAUUUUGAAUUUGGAUAAUUUCGGAGCACAAAAACGGGGUACCCCCUUUUUAAAAUAAGUCUUCAUUUCAGAGUUUUAUUAUCGAGUCACCCUUUCUGUUUAAGUUACACAUAACACAUCUUUACUAUCGAAAGCUAAAGGAAAAAGAAAAAUUUGAAAAAAGAAAUUCCUAACUGCGCAAAAACCCGAAAAACUGUUUUGUGACGUCAUAAAAUAUCACGUGAUCAAUUUUUUGGUUUGCUGAAAUUAGAAAUCUAAAAAUCUAAAAUGAUACGAUUUUGGCCAACUAUAAAAGGUAUGUGUCACCGGAAAAUCAGCUUAAUUUGCCAAAAACCGUGAAAAAAAUGUCAGAGGGAUCGUUUUUUAAGGAAACGUACGGUUCCGGGGGGUGAAAUCAAAUUUCUUUGAAGUCUUAUAACUCGGGUUUUUCGUGUCGUAUCCAGAAACGGUUUUCACUGUUUUAUUCCUCUUCUAAAGCCCUUUCGAAUGAUAAAAGUUUGACUUUGAAAUUAUGAACUGCAUUUAACCCAUUUUGUUGACGUCAGCCUUUGUGACGUUACAAUUUAACAUUUUGCGUCAAACGAGACCUUAAUAUCAUUUGGUCAACAAUCGUAGUCUAUCUGGAAAGUUUGGUCGAGAAAUGAAAAGAAAUGUAAAAAAUACGUAAAUUUAGCCUUAAUAAGCCCUUUGGGGGGUGGUUUGGCCCCGCCGUGAAAUGAUCUUUCCUACAUCUUGGGAAGGGGUAGACAGCAAAUACGAUAUGUAAAACAGCUUUGGUUCUCACAUAUUCCUUUUAAGUGGUAGGGGAUCGUUAAAUCAAGGAUUGUGAAGUGACUUGACUCUUGAGUUGGCCAUUGCGGCGUCGUUUAAGCCCCUAAUUGAGCAAAUUUACUAGCAAGAAAUAGGAUAAAUAAGAUUUAUAAUAUCUUAAUUAUGAUCCAGUCAAACAAAAUCUUACUCAGUUAACAUGAUUUUUGGUUUAUUGGGGGAGAAAGAGAGAAGCUAUGAGGGUUAAAACACUUUUGCACCUCCGUCCAACACACAGAAUUCCUCAUGUAAUACAGGAAUAACUCCGAUGGGCCAAGUGCAAUAAAUACUACUUAACAGAUAAAAGAAAUACAUUUUCCCCUUCUGUAAAGACCUUUUCGAUUCAAGUUUGUUUGAUGACUGUCGCAUUCACUAUGGUACGGGGGCAUAAUAAAGUCAAGUAAAAUUAUUUUUGCGAAAUUGCUUGGGGAAAAAUACAAGGAAAUGAGGUUUUAACACCAUUUGACCAUUCACUUUUAAUCUUCACAGCAUACGAUCUCGCACGCGCAAAAGGAUCACAUUACUACACAAUAGUUAGGUAUUCCUGUGUUUAGUGAGGUGCAAUUCAGCUAAAUUUCCCAGUGUGAUGAAAAUUACGUGUGGCCUACUGUCCUAGUUGAAGUGAAGGUUGAAUUUAAUGCUAACGUUAUUGGGAGUUGAUAUAAGAAUACUAAUAUUUUUCUUCUCUUUCCAAUCGCAGAGUUUCUUGUCAAGUGAAGGAUUUGUCCAUCGUGAUUUAGCAGCUCGAAAUAUACUUCUUGGUGAGGAUAGAAAGGUGAAAAUAUCCGACUUUGGUUUGAUGCGACAAGUUGAUCAGGAGGUUUACAAACUGAAGAAAGGGAAAAAAAUACCAUACAAGUGGAUGGCACCCGAGGCGAUCUUUGAAAGUGAAUAUACAACCCGAAGCGACGUGUAAGUGUUAUAGAGUACAGCUUGGUGUAGAGUCGACUAAUGGGUAGCUAUGUUAUCGGUAGCAAUAUGAUGACGUGGAAAACAAGAAAUUAGCUUAAUGAAUUUUGACGUUGCCAUGUUCCCACUAAUGACAAGGCUCCAACCUUCCCUAUAGAAACCAAACACAACACACGAUCCCCAGAUUCUAGGUCUAACACUCUAAACAUCAGCUUCUCUAUCUCCUUACGGCGGCCAAUCUAGCUACCAGUUAUCAACUCAGUUGAUAAAACCAAAUCUAAAUCAUGAAAAUCUGCUCAUAGCGGAAUUAAGACGGCUAAGGAUUAGUCUUAAAGAUAUUAAAGAUUCCUCUACUACUCCUACAUUUAGCUUAAUAAAUUUUCACGUUGCCAUGUUCCCACCCAUGGCAAAGCUCCAACCUCCCCUAUAACAGCCAAACACAACCCACAAUCCCCAGAUUUGCUCUGACAAAGGGCUACCGCUAAAAACGCCAGCUUCUCUAUCUCCAUACAGUGGCCAGUCUACCAGUUAUCAAAGACAUUUAUUAUCCUACUUUUUGAAGAAUUAUGUAAGUUUUCGUCAGUGAAAAUAAUGUUUGCAUACCUGUAAAUGAAAAAGCUGGACACUUGCAACGUCAGGACGUUAAUACCAGGCUUUUCUGAAGACCUGGACGAAGCUGACGUCAUGUUCGUAAGACAGAAAUCAUCGAUAUGGAACCAAGUAGACUGUGAAUGGACGUCGUCGCGUUUCUAGAGACGAGGCUGUCAGAUUCAGGAUCUGUCAUGGAAGGAAAUUUCCUCUUUUUCCGGCAAGGAAAAUCACCAGAUGAAACCAGGGAACAUGGCGUUGGUUUUUACGGUCAGAAAUACCCUGCUGGGAUCCAUCACCUCAUCUGCAGAUGGAAGCGAAAGAGGUUUCUCACUACAACUCCACUCAUCAGUGGUUCUGGUAUCUCUGAUCACUGCCUAUGCCCCGAUUCUGUCAUCCCCGGGAGAAGCGAAGGAUAAAUUAUACCACGAACUGGCAAUCACCAUCAAGGGAAUCACUGAGAAAGAGCUACUAACUGUUCAUUCUCGAUGACUUCAACGCCAGAGUUGGUGCUGAUCAAAGGUCAUGGCCCACUUGCUAGGGUCAUUUCGGCAUUGGGAAGAUGAGCGAAAACAACCAAGGCCUUCAAGAGUUAUGCCUUCAUCACAGACUCUGUUUCAGGAACGCGUUCUUCAAUAACAAGCCUAAGUCUAAGUCAAGUCUAAGCACCGGCAACAGUUUGACCUGAUUUUCACCAGACACCAGUUACCGGAGUGCUGAAUGCGAUACGAAUCCCUCCUUGGUGUGCAACAGAGCAAAAUUGCCAUCAAAGUAACUGUAUCACACAAAAAAAGGAGGGGAGGCCUCGCUUUGACAUGAGCAAAUCCCGUCAACAAGGUAAAGUCGAGGAAUUUGCAUGUGCGCUUGAGGAAUCUUUUCCACGUGCGCACAAUGGGUAACGCAUGUGAUUGAUGGGAAAACUUCAACAAUACUGCCUUCUCCAUUUUCAGUAGGAAGACCAACAAGACUGCUGACUGGUUUGACUCCCACACCGAGGAGAUGAUACUAGCCAGUGAGGAAAAGAGGAGAGCCCGGGCAGCAUACAAAGCCUGCCCCACUAAACAAAACCCGCAUGCCCUCCCAGCCGCUCGCAGCAAACAACGCACGAAAAAUUUGAUUUGAACCAAAUUUACUCUUUACAAGUUUGGUGCAAAAAAGUGCACACCACGGUUAAAUCAAGGACAAAGUUGCCCUCGAAUUUACAACCCCAUGUAAACUGCCAUAGAAAUGCGGUAUUUACCAUCUUUGCCUUUCGUUUCCCACUAGUUUUCACUUUUUUGCACUACAUUUGCCCCGAGGUAAAUUUUUGUAAAUCCAAUUUUUCGUGCAGUGAAAGUUCAGCAGACCGCCAGAGGGUGUGCAAACGACUACUGGCUUAAACUUUGCCAUCAGAUACUGUCAGCAGCUGAUACAGGCAACAUCAAGGAGAUGUAUGAUUGGUAUUAAGCAGGCCUUAGAUCCAACAAAGAAUUGAAGACAGCUGCCCCUCUGAAGUCCGUCCACCCAGGCUCCUCAGCACUAUUAGAUCUUUCCGCAAGGACUUGAAGGGCACUGUGCUCUUUGACGGUUCAACAUCAGACCCCUUCAAUAUUCGAAGUGAAAUGAAGAAGGGAUGCGUCCUCGCCACGACCUUAUAUUUGGGAUUUUCUUCGCUUUCCUACUGAAACAAGCAUUUGGGGAUGCAACAGAGGGAUUCUACUUCCAGACCAGGUCAGACGGAAAGUUCUGCAACCUCUCCAGACUAAUAGCAAAGUCUAAAGUCCAAAUGAAAUAUCCGCGGGAUCUCCUAUAUGCCGACGAUGCAGCCAUCACCGCCCACUCAGCCGAAAACCUUCAGAAAGUCAUGAGCCGUUUCAGCAAGCCAUAUAAAGAUUUUGAGCUAAAAAUCAGCCUGAAGAAAACGUAGGUCAUGGCUCAGGAUGUGGACUCACCUCCAAACAUUACAAUCUUGGAGCAUGAACUCGAGUUUUUACAUGACUUCGUUUACCGGUACUUUGGCUCGACAAUCUCUGAUACUCUAGCUCUGUACUCCGAACUAAACAGGCGCAUCGGCAAGGCUGCUACUACCAUUUCCAGCCUGACCAAGAAACUGACGCAAAAUACCAAAAUCCAGGUCUACAGAGCCUAUGUUUUGAGCACGCUGCUGUACGGCAGCGAGUCCUUGACCACAUCUGCUCACUAUGCGGGAACGACUGUCAUUCCCGAAUUGGUCUUUUCAGCCACACAAGAUGCUGUUCAAGAACAACCAAACAGAGCGCUACAAAACAGUCUUUCGAGAUUGUAGGAUGCCAAUGAAAUGAAAAGAAAUUGACGAUCUCAUUGAAGCGCGAAUGUUUAAAACUAAGAUCACUGAGAAAACCAAUGCAAAUGAAACAUCAUAGUCUAGAAAAAUAUAAUUCUGCACGGUUAAACAGGUGUCUGGUUGUUUAAGUGUUAAAUACUCGGCAAAGGCUAAUUUUCGUCGAUGCUGAACAAGUCUCUGGACACAAACGGUCGUUUCUUACGAAUUAGCACCCUAGCUUGUUUCGUUCACAAUGGUUAAUUAGUAGUAUCUCCUGUUUUUGAUUUCUGACUUAUGAUUUUUUAUAAUUUCUAAUUUGCUUAUAUAUUUAUUUUGGAAACUACAUGAAACAUUUAAUCUUUAGCGCAGUAAAAUAUUUAUUUCCAGGUGGUCGUUUGGAGUUCUCCUUUGGGAGCUUUGCACAAUGGGUAAGGUUAUGACGGAAAAAUUUUUGUAAACAAAACUUCUCAUGAAAGUCUCCUAGAAGGAUCCAGAUCUUGACACUUUGAGAGUCUGUUUUGUGAGUUUUCUUCCCUUGAAGUGUCUUGUCUAGGUAUUCACGGGAGGCCACAAUUGCCUCUUUUGAUACUAAGAGUGCAUUCAGCUAAGGCUUUAAGCAGCCAGAGUAAAAUAUCGUAUUGUACUGACUUGUUAUAAAGGAGUGUAACUUUACCAAACAGAAUAUAGCUUUGUGUCUAGUCAGAAGCAUACUUCUGGAAUAAUGUAAGUACAUUUACAAAACUAAAUCAUUUUACGCUUACAAUUCUGUAACAAUUCAGGUGGAAACCCCUAUCCCGGAAUAAACGACAAAGAUCUGUACGGGCUAAUCAAGGCAGGAUAUCGAAUGGAAAAGCCAGAUACUUGUACUGACGAACUGUAAGUAAGAGUUUAAAUGGUAAAUACGAUCAGUGAUUGCAGUUAUAGUUUAGCCAAUGAAAGCGGCGAAAAAGUAACUUGAGCCUUCAGAGAAGCCUGAAAAGAUAUUAAACUCUUUGAGAAAUUUAAGCUUUGUAUGGAAUGCGCACGGGUUAUGUGUUUUUAUUAUUUGCUAAUAGGAUAUUUACGGAACAAGAAACAACGAAUAUCGUUGAAGACAAACACCAUCACCAUCAACAACAAAAACAACAUGUUUAUUUACCUCAUACAAUAUAUUUUUUAUUUUCCUUUUCCCUGUUCUUUGCCCUUUAUAGUUCCACCCAGAAUAUGGAUGAAUUCUUAAGAAUGAAGCUGGAUGUAUCGAAGGCUUUACAAAGUAACUUUCACAUCUCCCAUAAUGCAACUUGUUUUCUCCAAAAAAAACUUUGCAAAGCCAUUUUUUUUAAUUUGUUAUAAGAAGGGUAAGGGAAAAUUUCCUCAAAAAGAUGAAUGUAUUAGCUAUAAAGGGACAAGUUUUUUAUUAUAUUAAUGCUGAUAAAUAAGAUGAAAACGUAUUUGAGAUGGGAAGCGUAUCAUACUGUACGCACGCACUCAUCAUCGCCCAUUCCAAUAAAAAAAUAUAAAGUAAAGGUUCCAAGAAGGAGUCUAUCCAAUUUGACCCUCUUGGCAGGUAUCGCACGGCCCCUUAUAAUCAUUGUCUUAGAUUUCAGCUGAUGUUGGACUGUUGGAAGGAAGAUCCUCGUGAAAGGCCAACCUUUGAUCAGGCCACGAAGAUACUGGAGAAGAUGAUGAUGGUGGGAAAUACAUAUCUAAAUCUUGAUUUGGUAGAUGAGUCAAAGGCGUAUUACAAGGAGCACGUUGGUGAAGAGAAAACCACUGAUGCAGACACAGAGGAUAGGAUCGUCAAAAAUCCAACUCCGUCUCAACCGCCCUUACCAGAAAACUGA